AUUCUUAAUACCAUUUGGUAGAUAAAAGUUGGUUAAAAAAUUUCAACUUUUAAAUGUAGAAUAUUCGAGAAAUUGUAUUCGAGGAAUUGUAGAAUAUUAACUUUCAACUGAGAAUCGUAAUUCUUUAAUUUUUACAUUAAAUGAAUUUAGUAACGAAGAUUCACUUAAGGCUAAAGAUUGACCAAAUAUUUACUUAAAUCUUUCUUUAUAUCAAAAUUAAGGGAUGUGUACGCUAUAUAUAAAAAAGAAUACUUUACCAUAAUGAAAUUUUAAGCGCUGUUAUAAAAUAUAUUCAUAUGCUCUAUUGUUAUUAAAUACAUUACUAAAAAUAAGUUAUUGUUUAAUAUUUUUUAAGUCCAAUCCAUCAUCCUGAUAGAAGUGACUGUCGACUGGAAGCGUACGGGGGCAGAAACUGGCAAUUAUCGCAAUUGAACAUGUCUCUUAAACUAUUUAUCUUCAAAAAUUCCAUAUAGGAGAGAACGAGACAGUAUUAAGUAACCGUUGCAUCCAUUCCCUGAGCAAAAGACAAUCAUUGUCUUUUAAGGAGUCUUUAUCUGUGGAAACUGAGGCAAAACUGAUUCGGAAAUAACAACAGAGCUGAGAGUAAAACCGAAAAAGUGAUAUAGCUGUAAAACACAACUUAGAAGAUCGUCCCCUUUGAACAAGAUCAUCUAAGGAGAGGAGCACAUACACUGAUUGAGUAAGGUACAACAAAAGCAUUUUCAAGAAAAACUACAUAAAAGUUUCGAGGAUUUCAAGAUGUUUACUUGCAUUGAAUGUAAAAUUCCUUUUGAUACACCAGAAAUGUAUAUUAAUCAUAUCAAAAAUGAUCAUUUAUAUUUAUCGCGUUAUUUUACCUUAAGAUGCACAGCAAGUGACUGUUCUCAAGAAUUUAAUGAACUUUACAAACUUAAGAAACAUUUAUUUACACAUAUGAAAAAAGAAUCGCGUAAUGACUCUUAUAAUGUAGAUCAAAUACAAGAAAAUGUUCAGAAACGAAAAGAUCAGAAAAUUAUGGAAAGUAAUGAUUUAGCUCAAAUUGAUAAUUAUUCAGAAACGGACGUUAAUAACGUAAUGCAAUAUCAAACAAAUCAUGUUAAUGUUGAAUGUCAAUUAGAGACUAGAACUGAUACUCCAACCGCUCCAACCGAUAGUAAUGCUGUAGAUAUAAAGAAGUCGCUUAUUUCUUUCUCCCUGUCUUUGCAUAAGAACCCGCAUAUGCCCCGGAAGACUGUAGUUCAAAUUCAAAAUGACAUUACAAACUUAAUAACAGUACCGAUUAAUAAUAUGCUUCAAAAAUUUUUACCCGUGUUUGAAAAUCAUAGCAGUAUUAAGUUAGAUUUUAUGAAUAUUCUGAGUAUUUUAAAUGAUCCGUUUAAAUCCAUCAAAACAGAUUAUAAGUUGUUAAGGCAUUUGAACGAUUUGGAUAUUUUUCAGUACCCAAAUACAAAAGUAGUUCACGUUGAGUUAGCUGACAUCAUAAAAAAUAAUGCUCCUGUUUUAGAUGAGAAUACUGUGGAAUAUUCAUUAGUAGACAUUAACUUCCAAAUGAAAAAAUUUUUUGAGUCAGACAAUAUUUUUGAAUACACGUUAAAAAAUAUGCGAGAGUUAAUGUCUAAUCAAAGUAAUGUUUCUCAUUUUGUAAACGGUGAAUUGUGGAAAGAAAAGACUAAACUUUACGGUGACAAAAUAAUGAUUCCAUACUUUUUGUACUCUGAUGGAUUUGAGUUAAAUGAUCCCCUAAGCUCACAUGCUGGAAUUCACUCAGUAUGUGGCAUUUACUAUUCAUUCCCAGUUAUUCCAGAUUUUUUAGUUUCCAAAUUAAAAAAUAUAUUUGUUGCUGGAUUCAUCAAACACAGGGAUUUAAAUGAAUAUGGUAUAAACAAAAUGUUGCGCGGUUUGGUAGAAAUACUCGUGAAAAUUGAACAAGAAGGCACUACCAUAACUGCAAAUAACACUACGUAUCAUGUUCAUUUCGUACUCGGCCAGAUAUUAGGAGAUAAUCUGGGCUUAAACCAAAUUCUUGGGUACACGACGGCAUUCAAUGCUAACCAUUUUUGUCGAAUGUGUAUCCGAAAUAAAUCUCAAACUCAACAUGAUUGUAUGGAGUAUAAAGAAUGGAUCAGGACGAAAGAAAACUAUAACUCUCAUUUACAAAUUCAAAAUACUACAGACACUGGUAUAGUUUGUAAAUCAGUCUUUAAUGACAUUCCAUCAUUCCAUGUUGUAGAAAAUAUCGCAUGUGAUCUGAUGCACGAUAUGUAUGCUGGUGUUUGCAGAUAUGAUCUUGCCAAGAUAUUGAACUAUUUUAUAUACGAAAAAAAAUUUUUCUCUCUGGACACACUGAAUUAUCGUAAGCAAAUGUUCAAUUGUGGAAAGAGUGAGAUUGCCAACGUAAGUCCACCCAUUGAACGGCAUCACAUACAGAAUGGAAAAUUUAAAAUGACAAGUGCUGAAAUGAAAAUGUUUAUGCAUUUCAUAUUACUUAUGAUUGGGGAUCUUAUACCAGAGAAUGAUCGAGUAUAUCAGUUUUUAGUAACAUUGAUUAAAAUUUUAGAUAUCGCGUUAUUGCCAUCAUUUACUGAAGAAAAAAUUGAUGAACUCGAGGGCCUGAUUGCCAAGCACAAUAGAGAAUACACCAAACUUUUUUGCGAUACUCUUAAACCCAAACAUCAUAAUCUUUGUCACUAUCCGCGUAUUAUAAGACGUUGCGGUCCUUUAAAGUUUUUAUGGUGCUUCAGAUACGAAGCUGUGCAUCAGCAGUAUAAAACAUAUGCUAGAAACAUUACUUCACGGGUUAAUAUAUGUCAUACAUUAUGUAUUAAAAAUAAUUUAUUCUUUGCAAAUCAUUUAGUUGCCCAGGACUUCUUUAAUCACAAAAUUGAAUUUGGAGAUGGAAUACCAACGGAUGUUACUGCAAAGCCAUAUUAUGAAGCACUAAAAGGAAGUUUAUCUUCAAUUUUAAAUACUCAUAAGAAUGUGUGCUACAAGGGAAAUACUUACGAAAUCGGUUUUUAUUGUGGUAUCCAAAAUAGUAGAGAUAUUUUCGAAAUAAUAGAAAUAUUCAGUAUAGAUAAAAAAUGCUUUUGUAUUUGCACCAAGUGGAAAACUACUUUUUGUAAUAAGUUCCAAUCUCAUGAAGUAGAGAAAACAACAGAAAAUAUAGUAAUUGAUGUCGAUGAAAUUUCCACAUUUCCACUUCAUGUAUAUAUGUUAAACAACUAUAAGAAAUACAUUAGAAUUAAGUACUGACAAAUAUUUUGAAACCUUUAUAAAUUUAUUUUUAUAUAAAUAAAAUAAUAUAAAAACAAAAAAUACUAAAAAGUAUUUUAUUUCUGGUUUGAUGUCAUUGCUGGUUUGAUUUUAUUGUUGGGUUUGAUUUUUAAUUUUCUUCACUAUGUGAAUUAUUUUAAAGGUAAGUUAUUUAUAGUCAAAGAUAAUCAAACUUUAAAAUAUCUUUGUUUUUUUUUCUUUCCAGGGUAAAAUUUCUCACGAUCUGGAUGAUUCAAGCAACUCUAUUUCAUCGCUAUAUUAAAGUCGCCCAAGCUUUAAUACAACAAAAUGGGAAUUUUAUUUGAAUUUAAUUUAUUUUAAGUUUACUUAUAAUAAAUUAAAAUCAAUAAGUACCAUUUUGAAAGCAAAUAUUUUAGCUUUUGGGUCGGGCUACUUUGCUAAAGGGAGAGUACUUGAA